ACUGAAUAUAUGGUUUGUUUUUAUGAUAGUGUAUUUCUUUUAUAUGUUUUCGUGUCAUGUUUUCAUCAUUGAUCUUUUGCCUUUUAACAUGUCUAGCACAUCUAAACCUGGCCCAUCCUUCCAAAGGCCAGUUUUGUCAGCUCCAGUGCUAGGUAGUGUUUAUAUACAAGGAAGUCCCAUUUUCUUAAUGAAUGACCAGUACUUCACUGUUCCCCAGAAGGUGCUCGGGCGGUGUGUAAACAGUGCUCCUGUAGCAUUUUUGAGAAAUUUCAAAGUCAACUGCGUAACUCUGCUUCGCUCCUGUCCAACUGGAUCUCCCUUACAGACACUACCAACAAAUUUGAGGACUAAAGUGAAGAAUGGGCAAGGGGGUGAUGUUAUAGUGGAUGUAAUUGAUGAAGUGGCCAUUGACACGAGCCAGUUCAUUUCAAGCACAGAUGCCUCUUCAGAUCAGGGACUAGUCUGUGAGAACGUGACCUUAGCGCUGGAUUACAAAUUCUACUGGAAAGGAAAUGGCAUCACGAGUAUCAGACUGACUCACACUGUUGGGACUAUCACUUUCAAUAGUAGUGUUACCAUAACUACAAGGUAUUCUGCCGUGUUUCUAAAUGGAGAAUUCAUGGGUGAGCCCAACUCAGGGAACCCAGGUUAUCAGGCGGGAAGGCCUGUUAUUGCUGGAAUUGUGGACAAUUUGGACAGUAAUACAGGCUCAGUACAGAGGACGUCAAUCAAUCUUUGGAAACCAGUGAGUGAUGGACUCUGUUCCACUGCUGAGACGAAACCAGUUCUGUUUGGGGAGAAUUCAACAUCAGGAUGUCUGCUACCUGUCAGCCAACACAAUCUGACUCAGUGUAGUCUCCUGAGAGAGACUGUUACUUCUCUCCAGGCUGCUUUGAUUACAGCCACAAAUGUGGCAAAGAGUGGAAACCCAGAUCCUCUAACUAUGACAGACUGGGUGAACAUAUCCUUUGUGACACAUAACUCAAGCACAACUAUGGAAGAUACCAUAAGUUCAUGUCACAGGGUUCCAUCCCACCAGCAUAUCCAUGUUUGGAGUCUUAUUACUGGCAUGGUAGAAGGCAUACCUCAAAGGGAUAUCCGGGCUUUGCAAGUCAGCUACAUCCUGUCUCCCUGGGCAUUGGAUUGUGGAGGAGGUGAUGUCUCUCAAUGUGUGGACCCAAUGAAGACUCAGUUGUUUCCAAUCACCUCCUCAGUCACCUUUACUGACAUUCCUGUCAACACAGGACCACCAAAAACCAGGUUUCAGAUCAACUUUACAGAGUAUGACUGUAACAGGAAUGAUGUGUGUUGGCCUGAGCUCGCCUUCCCCAUCACCAAGUAUUACACAGGUGAGCCAUAUUCUCAGUCGCUGGCUAAGGGACUUAUCUUAGUUUUCUUCUUUAUCACUGCCUCGAUUCUUGGAACUCCAUGGAGACAAAUCCGACAGGCGUGGAACUAGUGCCACUCUCAAAAACUCUGAGGAAAUGCUGAGAAAACGCAAAGUAAAAAAAAUGUGGAGGAAGAAAAAGAUGGAUGAGCUAAUGGGAGAGUGAGAGGCUAAACAAUAUUAAUUAAAAUUUCUCUGAAAUGUAAUUACACCCUUUUACAAUGGGCGUUGUUUAUAAUAAUAAUAUUGUUUUUACAUGUUUAUUUUAUGUUUGUGGGAAUGUAAAUAGUUGUAUUGGUGUAACAUUUUGUAAUAAAAAUAUUUUUUUCUAUCACUUUUUUUAGGCUCAAUCCCUCAACAUACUUUUGAUAACAUUCUUAUUGAUAAGUUUGAAAAGUGGCUAGUCCUCUUCGUGCAAUCGUACAAUUUUAGAUUACCCCAAGUGGUCAUCAUCUACCCACAAGCACAAUCUUGUUUCAAUGUUAUGCAAAAAACACCAACAUAACAUAGCACCUGCUGCCUCUAGAGGCCUUUACUAUCUCUGACCUCAAUGUAUGGAAUACCCAAUAUUUCAUCCAGCUAAAUCAUGCUAUUGGUUCUAUUGUUCCAGAAGACUAAGAUGCAUUGCAUUUGUCUUGUCUCCUUGUUCCCCCUUGUUUGCAUCUUUUUUUACAUG